AUCAAUUUAAUUGUUUUUUGUCUGCACUUCACCGUGAAGCUCAGAAGAAAUUGCUCUUUUUUUUUUUUUUUUUUUUCGGGAAGACCCGUGAUCAAAUGAUAGGAGGAAGACAACAGGAGAGACACGGAGAUUCCAAUUCCAAUUCCUUAUUCAUAAUUGAAGCUUGCCACCGCUUUCGUCUCUUUUCUCUCUUUGCUCCGUCGUCAUCUAGGGUUUCCUGAUGCAUGAGUUCUCUACUGUUGAUGGUUUUGCGGAGAUAAACGAGAGCUUAGCGGAGAUGAUUAAGUACAUUGCAAACGAACCUUCAGUGGGGCUUUACUACAUCCAACAGCACGUCCGAAACGCAGCACCAAAUGUUCUUAAUCUCAACACCAACGUUUUGGAGAAGUCUCGUGAGACAGGCUUGCAUACCGAGGACUUGGAAGAUUCUAUAGCAAUGGUGAAAUCAAUGAGAGAGUGUGGUUCGCCUAUCGCUGAUGACAUGAUUGGAGACAUCAAGAACUCUUUAUCGAUCAUGUCUUCGAAACAACCGAGGAGGGGGGUCAUCCUCAGCUCCACAAACCCUUGGAGCAGAUCUACCAGUAUAACCACUACAAGUCGUGGUUCUGAUUACAGCCAGGAUAUUAGUGAAAGCAACAACUUAUUCACAUCAGUGUUCAAGACGGCUAAGGAGAAGGCAAGCAACAUCAAAUGGCCACAGCUUGAUUUCAAAGAACAGAAGGCGGAGUCUAACCCCAAUGAUGUGGAAAGCAAUGAGUUAAAAGAAGAAGGGGAAGAAGAAGAAGAAGUCUCAGGCAAAGGUGAACAUAUUGUGGAGACAACAAAGUUUGAGGAGUUCAAGGCAGGUAAAGAAGCGAGUCUCAAGGCAUGGCUUGGAGAUAUGGAUGGGAAUGUGGAUGUUGGUGAACGUGUUGCUGAGAGGAUUUAGGUUUUUCAUUAAUGUCGUUGAGGUUACGAGAGACUGCUUAUUUAUGUAUAUUAUUCACUUUUAUCUCACCGAUAAAAAGAGUUCAAAUUUUGAGUUUACCUUUCAUUUCA